AUGUCCAGUCGCCAACAGAUCGACUCUGUCAUCGAUGACGAUGAUGAGUUUUGCCCCCUUUGUAUCGAAGAAUUCGACCUUUCGGACAAGAACUUCAAACCAUGUCCCUGUGGGUAUCAGAUUUGCCAAUUCUGCUAUAACAAUAUCAAAACCCACAGCGAAGAGGGUCGUUGCCCGAACUGUCGCCGCCCUUACGAUGACAGCACCAUUCAAUACAAGAUUCCAGAUGCAGAGGAGUUCAAAGCAGAUCUUGCAUUGAAGCACCGCAAAGCAGCUGCAGCCAAGAAAAAGGAAGCCGAGAAACGCGAAAUCGAAGCAUCGAGCCGUAAGAAUUUAGCAGGUGUUCGAGUCGUGCAGAAGAAUUUGGUAUACGUCAUCGGCCUAAACCCGACAAUUCGCGACGAAAACCAGCUUCUGCAAACGCUGCGGGGCAGAGAAUAUUUCGGUCAAUAUGGAGAUAUCGAGAAGAUUGUGGUUAGCAAAGCUAAGCCUGGUGGCAACCCGCACCAAGGCAUUGGCGUUUAUGUGACCUUCUCCCGCAAGACUGAUGCUGCUACUUGCAUCACUGCUGUGGACGGAUCCUCUAACGGGGAUCGCGUUUUGAGGGCUCAAUACGGUACAACCAAGUAUUGCUCAUCUUUCCUACGCAACGAGCAGUGCAACAACCGGAAUUGCACUUUCUUGCACGAAACCGGCGAAGAUAGCGAAAGUUACAGUCGCUCCGAUCUAUCCUCUAUGAACACGUUGUCCAGUCAACGCCAGCACCAGUCCCAGUCUGCUGUUCCCCAACCUCGACCUAUCCAGCCAACAUCUCAGACCAUGCGCCGGCAGCCAAGCAAAGAUGACUCGAUUAGUGGCCGUUCAGCCGUUCCUGACGGACCUGCUCUUCCUUCGUCUGCUAGCUGGGCCAACAAAGAUGCAGCUUUUAGGACCCGAAGAGCUAGUGUAACUGGAAGUCAAGCUUCACAGAGCCCCCGCCCUGCCAGCAUAACAAUUGCAACGGCAAUUGACGAACCGAAGCGCAUAGAAAAACCAUCUCCUAUCGUCCAGGUUGCACAACAAACCACGGCGCAAGCUGACACACGGUCUCCGGUUGGUCAACCCGAAGCUAGGAAUACCAAUACCAAACCCGACCCCGAGGUGCCAAGUCCAUUUGAUGCCCUCGUGAAAGAUCUGAUGUCACCUGAAUUCCGCUUCGUUUUUUCUGCCUCCGACCUUCCAGCCGAUGAGAUUAAACACAUUCAGAACUAUCCUUCGUUCAUAGAUCCAUAUGGUGGUGUCAAACGCCGGGCUAUGCGGGAGAAGGCGGAGGAAGAGCGGAUGAAUCGAGAGCAAGAGGUUAUGCAAACAUCAGUCGCAGAGGAGGAUAGUCGGGAAUCUGGCAGCUUGCAGCUUGGUGGAGAGCCAGAGGAUGCGAACAUCCCUCGAGGCCGUCCAACCCGCGAGAGCCAUGGUGCUAUUCAACCCCCUUCUCAACAAGGAACAGCCGAAAAUUCCACAGUCGGAUCACCUGUCUCAGCUACCAGCCAUCAGUUCCAAGGCCUCAAUUUGGCUGGUCGUAGCCUGACACCUCUUCAACAGCAACAAUUGAUGCUUCUCAAAUCUGCCGGUAACCAGCAGGCUGGCUUGUCUGAUCCCCUCAGCUCUGCUGCUAUGGACCAGGCUGCGCAGGUCCGCCAGGGUUUGUUGCAGAGCCAGAUGGCCCAGUACAACGCCCUCCAGGCUCAAAAUCGACAGUCUUCCCGUUUCCCUUUCUCUGGCGAUGUAAACACGAAAAACAUCAGCAAUGCGCGGAUGUUGAGCCAAAUGCAACAGCCCGGCACCCCCAAUCCACUCUCAGCCCCAAGCCCCCAACACGCUCUUGCAAGUGGCUUCUACGGAAGUGGGGUGCAAGGCCCUCCCCCUGGCUUGAAGACAGCAGGAACCCCUCCAAUUAGUGGUGGUGGCAUGUUUGCACAGGGUCACGGAUUUACCUCGAAUUCCAAUGUUGGACUAGGCUCGACCACCGGAAAGCAGGAGGCGACACCCGAAUUGAUGCGUGAAUUGCUGCGAGGCAGGAAUGGUACAAAUGUUGGUGGUGUACAGGGCCAGGAGGCCGCAAAGCGUGAGUUCAUGUUCCCUUUCCUUCAACAGCACCAAACCCCACCUCCCCUGACUCCCGUCAAUGGCCUUUUGAAUUCCUUCUAUGGGCCUCAGGCGGGUGCCGCACCCGACUCUGGUGGCUCUCAGAAGCAGAAGAAGAAGGGAAAGAAGCAAAGACACGCUAACACUUCCUCCGGUGGAGGUGGUGUAGUAGAUCUUGCAGACCCGAGCAUUUUACAGGCGAGAAUGCAUCAGGUCGGUGCCAAUGCCACUGCUGGACAAGCGUUGUAUGGGAGUCAGGGCCAAGGUGGGUACAAUCCCUCGAUGAUGUAUGGCGUGGACGAUGAAUUCCCGCCUCUCAGCAGCCAAUUGAAGGAUAGCCAACCUGUCGAUACGUUCGGAUUUCUGAAAUCUCAUAUUCCCAAUGAGACUGCGGGCCGCGCGGGGACACCGACUCUUCCGCCAGGCCUUCCACUCCCGCAUGCACACCCUGGAUCUGCUAUCUUCCAAGACCAGAGAGAUUCUUCAAAGCCAUCUUCGCCAGCACCCAUAGUCCCCCCGGGGUUUGGUCGCACUCCAUCUCACUCUCGACCAAUAAGCCCCGAGUCAAAUAUACGGACGGGAACUGCCUCCAAUCGUAAGAAGGACGCUUCUCAAGUCUCUUUGGGUUCCCCAGUUGCCAAGUCGGCCCGGAAGCCUCGAGUCACUACCAACAAUAAUGAUAUCAAUAAUGAUAUCUCUGUUCCGACGGAUGAAGCAGACAAAACAAGCAAGCUGGAAAGCCCACUUUCAGGACCAAAGGCAAGCCCCAUAAGUUUAACGAUGCCACUGUCUGCCCAAGAAACUUCCAUCAAAUCUGAACGGACGUCCUCGAGUCAAGUCCCAGCCGGACAAGGUCCAGGCUCCGCAGUUGGAUCGCGUCCCAAUACUCCCCUCACCACAGCGUCCCGCAUUUCCGACGCCUCUGUUCCUCGUCAACCACGUAUCCUCCGAGUUGUUGAAACGCCGAAGCCAGAACUUCCGCGCCCUAUUGGCACUGCUCCUUCUGUAACAACUUCGGUUGCAGGAACCGGUAGGACAGACUCCCGGAGACAGAGUGUGUCAUCUAACAGCCGCCCGGAUUCCCCUGGCGACUUCGGGUCUGAAGCUGAUUAUUACCCCUCUACUUCUGUAUCCCGCUCGAAUUCACCCCUAGCUGCGAGUCGCAUAGGCUCGGCCCCUGUUCGCUCCGUCACCAAGAGUCAAGCAAAGAAGGAGCGGAGACAGAAGGCCAAGGAGGCGGAAGCGAAAAAGGCUGAGACGGUUCCAGCUCCAGAGGAACCCGUUCAGGCACCCAUUAUGGGAAGAAAGAGGAAGACCAAGAAAGCACCAUCGGCCGCUGUGGAGUCUAUCGAUACAGUCUCAGUCUCCGCCGUGGAAACAGAAAGCCCGGUUAAGCGUGAUCGCGAGUCUCCCAGGAAGGCCGAUGCUCCCAAGAUUCCAGAAAAGCCGAAGGUCGAAGAAAAAUCCGUACGGGAGGUCAAGACUGCGUAUGUGGAGGAAGAUCCAAGUGAAUCUAAGCCUAUCCCAGAGACAUGGCGUUCGCACAAUACCGUUGAUCAGUUAGUGAAAGAUGCCGAAGUGAGCGGCCGUUCUAUUAAAGACCUUUUUAUGGAACGAACCAAACCUCUGCAUGAGCUACUUGCUGCAAUGCAUAAAGCUGGGCAGUUGGAUCUGAAUAAGAACUCACUGUUCAAUCCCGCAAAUCUAAGCCAGCGCACUGAUAUGAAGUGCAACGCGGAUGAUUAUGAUGCUUUGAAACAACCCAUUGAACUCACUGAGGAACACCGGAAGACUCUCUUGCGUGGCGAGCCGGUUCGCGUGGGCUCCGAGAAUCUCAAAAAUCGCUGCCUAAUCACACCUCGCGGCUGCGUACUUCGACACCUCGAGCCGAAAGAAGAGGUGCGGUAUCUUGAGCUAGAGAAGAAGCGGAACGGGAUGCCCGAUCCAUUUGUUGUCGGCGAUGACUCGAGCAAUAUUAACGGCGGCUUAGAAGCGCUUUUCGCAGCGCCAUCUAAAUACAACAUCUUUUGGGUUGAAGAUACGGCGGCUCAGCUGGCGAGCAUGUCUCCAACGACCGCUCUAGAGACGGCAGAGUCCAUAAUUCCACCUAACGUUUUAUCAGCAAUGGAGGCAGAUAGCACACGCAGUCACGACUGGGCUGUUGCACAUUCAGCCGAGCUUCUGCAGACGACAACUGCUGCUGUCCGCUCAUUUGCUGCCGCUACAGCCAAGCAGAUGCUCGGCUCUGCCGGAAUCCCCGGUGGCAACCCCAGUCUUGAUGAUGUUGCGGCCAUGACCGACAAAGAGCUGAAGGACCUUGCUGGCGGUUCCCAGAAGGAUUUGGAGAGUACGCGAAAGGAAAUGGACUCCCUUGACAAAAAGUUCCUGGCGCUCCUACGUCGUAACAAGAAGCUUCAGCAACAAGCUCUCUCUAUGGCUAUAGAAUCCUAA